GCCAAGGAAAAGGAGCUGCUGCAGGGCCUGCAGGCGACCGCCUUCACGCCCACGGCGCUGGUGGAGGACCACUGGCAUGGCAAGCUCCUGACGGAUGCAUUCAACGAGUUAUUCACGAUCAAGAAGAAACAACAUUUUGUAGUGGGUGUGGUCAGUCACUAUCCUGAUGGACUUCUGGGCUAUCAGCUCCCUGAGGGUGCUACGGCCACUGUGGUCUUGAACAGGCAGCUUGACGGAUCAGUUCCAAUUCGUGCACCAGCGCUGGACUCGAAGGCAGUCCCGCGGGUGACGCCCCUCUGUGUACGACAGUUUGGCGCCACGACUCCCCAUCUCAAGUGGGAGCCUCAGGCAGGGAAGGCCCUGCCGACGGCACAGGCUACGAAGGUGCUCCGCUUGGCUUGUUUCCAGGACCUCGUCAACUCGGCCGCUUGGAAGAAGCACAGUUCCAACUUCAAAGUUGCAGCAACGGAUUGGCUACGUACGCUUCACCUACCUCAG